UGGCGAUCGCGAGCCCAACAGUUGAACCCGCGACCCCUCUAUCGGGCGCAGAAACCUUUCAUCAUCAAGGAUUUCGCGUACCGGACCCGUUUGCACCUCGUCAACGCCCUGGAGCCUCAUUCAUCAAUGCACUCCUCGCAACAGCGCUCUUCCGAUGCUGGCACUACCUUAUCUUCUUCGCCGCCUGGGCGACACUCAUCACCAUCCUCAAUGAGCAAGGCCAUAAUCUGAACUUUUCUUCCGUCCUACUUACUGUGGUCGGUACGGUUCUCGGUUUCAUCAUCUCGUAUCGGACAACGUCGUCAUUUGAGAGAUACAACGAGGGGAGGAGGUUGUGGUCCAACAUCGUCCUUGCUAGUCGGACAAUGUCAAGGACGAUUUGGUUCCAUGUUCCCAGCAACAACCCAGAGGAGAACGAGACAGCUCAGGGUGCCAGGGCGCGGUCUAUGAUUGAGAAGAAGUCGGCCAUCAACCUCCUGGAAGCGUUCGCAGUGGCAGUCAAGCAUUAUCUUCGAGGAGAGGAUGGGAUUUAUUACCAGGAUUUAUACUACCUCGUCAAGUUCCUUCCAGCCUAUGCACUCCCAGCCGGCAUGCCAUCCAUGACAGACCUCUCCCAGACGUCGCCUGUCGACGACCAUUAUUCCUUCAAGGGCUUUAGUCCUCUCGACGCCGUUAGCCCUCUUACAACACCACCUGCUCCCGAAAGUCAGCCAGGCACUGCACAGCCCCCUUCUUCGCCUCAAGGAAGACACCCAACCAUUACUAUCGCAGAUUCGGCUCUACACCAACGUACUAACGGGCAAGGGGUGACCUCUCCCAACUCUCUCCUUCCGCCUCCUGUGUCGAGCGGCGCGCCAGGAAAGCGCUCUUCUUACUCUACUGGAGUUGCCUCAACACAAUCCUUGCGGCCCGGAGGAGCAGGCAGCGUCAAGGAUAGGGAGAGGAUUCUCUUGUCACGUCAGGAUGAAGAUCACCUCUUGCCCGGUCGCUUACCACCAACAUACGGAUUAUUUGAUCUCUUCCCAUUCUCUUUGCUUGUACCUUAUUUGACUCAGAAGGGCGACAAUCUGAAGGGAAAACGAGCCGCGAAGUUACGAGCGAAGAUACAGAACCAUGCUGUUAGCCAUAACAUACCUUUGGAGUUGAGUUUGUAUCUGGGUUCUUACGUUGCGAAAUUGCAAGAGCGUAAACUGCUCGAUGUGCCAACGAACACGACCCUCAUGAAUUCUAUCGCUCAACUCCUCGACAGCUUAACUGGCCUGGAGCGUAUUCUGACGACGCCUAUUCCGUUUUCGUACGCGGUGCAUCUGUGGUUGGUCACGAUUUUGUACUGCCUUGCACUGGCAUUCCAGAUCUGGACCACGAUGAAAUGGGUGACAAUACCGGCUACGAUCCUCCUUGCCUUCAUCUUCUUCGGAUUCAUGGUCGCUGGUGAAGAGAUUGAGAGUCCCUUUGGCUACGAUAAGAACGAUCUCAACCUCGACCACUUUACGCAGAAUAUUAUUAGAAACGAGUUGCGCGCUGUAACCUCGACGCCACCUCCUGACGUUGCCCGUUGGGCGUUUGUGCCAGAGAACAACCUCCUGUUCUCGAACAACCUGGACGACCGUGUCACCCCUGCAGAAUGGCUUGCGAGAGGACUGGGUACUAUGCAAAAGAACCUUGGCCAGUUCUAGG